AUGCAAAACUUCAACACAUACGACUACUUUCAGUUGCCGUUGGCCAAGAUACAUCAACUGCCUUUGCAGAUGGACUUGGCGCCACAGGACAAGACCAAGCUGAGAGCAGUGGUGGCGGCACCUGCAAACAAUCCCACACCAGGUGCUGGACCAGGAGGGGCCGUCGCAUCUGGGCAUGUCGACUGCAGCUCCAUCACUGCCAUUGCCAAAGACUGCAGAGGCUUGAAAGAGCAACCUUCGCAGCCAAAGUUCAAGGGCGCCCUGGUGCAAGUUUAUGUGCGAGGCGCACCGUUUGGCGGAUCAGACAAGAGCUCAAAUGGGCACCGGUUCGAUUCAAUCACCCUCGCAAAUGGUAUGAUUGAGUCAGGCAUGAGCUGUCAGCUGCUUCACUAUACACACGAAGAGCACGAGCACUUCUUCUCUCUGGCUGCAAAGUUUGACUUCAUCAUUGUCAGGUGUGACCCAGGCCAGAUCAAGGCGGAUGGAGGAGACCAGCAGAAGUUUGAUGAUGGGAUGCGCAAAUUGAGGAAGCAAGGUGUUCAGAUCUGGCCAUCGCCUGAUGGCAUGGAGAAGAUGGCGGCCAAGGACGCGCUGUGCAAGGUGGCGAGCAUGAGCAUUGGAUUGCCUGAUACAUUGGCCUACUACAGUGAGCAAGAAUUUGCUCAAGGCUUUAAGAAGGCCGUGGCCUUCCAGCCGCGUGUCAUCAGGCACAGAGAGGGCAUCUGGACUGUCAAGUUGAAAGCACAGAACUACUGUUCCGAGUUUGGACAGCGCUGCGCUGAAGACACGGAAGUUCUGGUGCUCAUGGAAGACAAUGACAACCACGAGGAAGAACACACGGUUGCCGAGUUCAUCGAGUUUUGUGUCAACGGACACAGCGACAAGGCUGGCAAGUGGACUUCCAAAGGAGCUGGGAAGUACUUGGCGGGUGGAAAAGAAGCUGGCGGACAGCUGGUCGAUCAGAGAUUCUGCCCACGCAAAGUGGAAGGCGAACUGCGGUACAACAUGAUUGCAGACACGCUGGUUGGAAUCACUCACGAGAAGCCAAAAGCAGGAGGCAUCUCAGUUGGAGGUACCGGUUCUGUAUAUACGUACUUUGGUUCUGACGAGCCGCAGUACCAGAGGCUAACUCGCGGCUUCCUAGAUAAAGAUCUGCCUCUCGUCAUGCCGGCGCUGGGUCUAGAUGAGCUCCCAUUGUGGUGGACCGCCGACUUCAUCAACUCAUCCCCCGAGGGGACGGACGAGAAGUGGAUUGUAAGCGCGUUCAACUGCUCCUGCGCCAGCAUAUCUCGCUGUUUGGCCGCCUGCUGCAAAGAUGACACGCCAAAUGCAAGCUACGAUGAUAUCUCCGCAGAAGACAAGGCUGAGGCAGACAAGCACGGCAAGCUCAUUGGUGAGAAGGCGGCGGCGAUUCUGAGCAAGAAGUAG